AUGGAUAAUAAAGUCGUCACUAUUGACAUUGGAGGAAAAAUAUUUAAAGUCAGGAAAUCGACAGUAGAUAGGAUUGAAGGGACUAAACUAAGCAAACUAGGCACCAGUAUAGAAACGCAUAGUUUUGAAAGAGAUCCUCAGUUGUUUAGGCACAUUUUGAACGCAUACAGAUAUGGUUUGGUGCAUGUACCAAGAGACGUAUGUCCCGUUGUUUUCAAAGAAGAGCUCCUAUUUUGGAACAUUCCUUUAACGUUGGUCGCCCCUUGCUGUUGGAAAUACUUGUACGAAGUUGACAAUGAUGUAGAAACUGUAAAGAUACUUAUUAAAAAUAAGAACAAGUUUGAAAACAAUGAAGAUACAGAUAAAGUCCAAGACAGCAUUGAACGAACAGUGUUUGGCGCAGAACAUUCGGAAAAUAAAACUGAAAAGCCAAGUGAGGUCAAAGGAGAAGGCAAAAGUGGUCAUGCUGAUAAGCAAAACACUCUUUGGUUACUUCUAGAUGAGCCGGGAUCGUCAGCCGCCGCCAAGAUAUGGUGUUUUUUCUAUAUCGCUGUUGUGAUCGUUAGUGUCAUUGUGUAUAUUAUAUGGCUGGAUCCAAGAGUGCGAGUAUCACAGUACCUGUCAAAGAAUCCAGAUGGAAUCGAUAUAUUUGCAAAUGAGACUUUAUAUGAAUAUCUUAUAUAUUUUUACCCGGAAAAAGGAGUGCUUAUGGUGUUUAGUGAUCCACAUCCGGCUUUAUUUGCAGUAGACAUGUUUUGCGUAGUGUUUUUCAUUACAGAAACAAUACUUCACUUCAGCGCCUGCCAAAACAAACUGACAUAUUUUAAAAAUGUUUAUCAUGUAUCAAAAAUUGUGUUGUGCGUAGCCAUGAUUAUAUCCACCGCCUUUGAAAUGAGGAAAGAUUUGUUUUACGAGGAGGAAUACGGUUAUUUGUAUUACAUAUGCAAGAGCAUUUAUGUUAUAAGAUUAUUGCUGAUCUUCAGGCUUCACAAGAUAUACAACAGGCUCCACAUAAUGCUACUGUCCCUUACUUAUAGCUGCAAAGAACUAGGACUUCUCCUAUUUUCCUUCUUGAUUGCCGUUGUUGUUUACGGGUGUCUGAUAUUUUCGGCAGAAAUCAACUCAAGUAUGUUUGAGAAUACAUACAUUUCUAUGUGGUGGUCGCUUAUAACAAUGACAACUAUAGGCUACGGUGAUUUUUAUCCGACGACGUCUUUUGGAUACGUAGUAGGUGUUAUUUGUGCUGUCAAUGGGAUCGUAGUGCUGGCUUUGCCUAUCGCAGCAAUUGCUGGGACGUUUAGUAAUUUAUUCUCAAGAAAUGCAGACUUUCAAAAACACAAAAUAGCUUCAAGAAAGCAAAAUCAGUCAAACGGAGAUAAAAAUAAUUGCUUUACAAAAGUAAACAAUACCUGCAUGAAAAAGGAAAAGAUUGUGGUCUGUACUCCUGAUCGAGAUGAAAGCGGUGAUGUUAUUGAUGCUGAAAGAAAUGUGAAGACUGAGAUCUCUGAUUUGCCAACAAUACAUUGUUGA